UUCAGCAUUAGUACUUAUCACUGCCCUUCCUCUCCUUCCUUCUUAGUCGCAGUCUCUUCUCUGUUUCUCUUCUAACAGGGAUGAAACCAUGGUCGAUCUUCAUCGUUAUCUCCUCUGAACCUGAUCCUCGUAUCAUUGUCUAAAUCUUAACCCGCGAGUCCAAACUCCAUGCUUUACAAUACAAGCAGAGAUUUUCUAUUCGUCCCCCUAACAAAAAUUGAGUAAUGGGUUGCGAUAAUCCUCAAAAAAUAAACUUUUUGUAGCUUUAGCGAGAAAACUGUUCAUACUUUAACCAUUUUUAUCUGAUUAUGUGCUUAAAGUUGCAGUCUUUGCGUGUGUAUAUUUUUUCACUAACCUGAGUUCUAUCUAAAUGUUCACCGAUGAGUUCGGGCUCUGACACUAGUUACUCAAAGAUGAUGUCAGAUGUAGCGAUUCGAUCGAUGUUCAAAAACUCUGAUUACGGUGAAGAUUUGAGUAUGCUGAUUCGCCAACAGAGGCGGCAGCAACAACAUCAAGAAGCGAGUGAGCGUGAGAGGGAACUUAAUAUGUACAGAAGUGGGUCGGCGCCUCCCACCGUAGAGGGCUCGCUUUCUGCUGUGGGUGCCUUGUUUGAUACUUCGACGAUGGUAUCAGGUUUCGGCAAAGGCGGCGGAGAAGGAGGAAGGGGUUUUACGAGCGAAGAGGAGCUUCGUGCUGAUCCAGCGUAUGCAAAUUAUUACUAUUCGAAUGCAAAUCCAAACCCACGCUUGCCGCCUCCGUUGGUGUCGAAAGAGGACUGGCGUUUCACACAGCGGUUAAGUGGUGGUAUUGGAGACAGGAGGAAUGGAGACAGCUCGCUUUUUUCGGUGCAGCCUCCGGGGUUCGAUGGGAAAGAGGAGAAUGGUGUGAAUAAAAGAAAGAGUGCGGAGUGGGGCGGCAAUGGGUUGAUCGGGAUGCCGCCGUUGGGACUUGGGAACAGGCAGAAGAGCAUUACAGAGUUAAUUCAACAGGAUGAGAUAAAUAAUUCAUCAUCUUUAUCUAAUCAUCGCCAAUCUAGCUAUAGUGUUUUUGACGACAGUGCUGAAAACCCAGAAACCCAUUUUGCUCAGCUGCAUCAGGAUUUGGCAACUGCAGAUGCUUUGCAUUCUGGUGGGACCAAACUGGGCAUAUCUGCUGCUCAAAAUCUUGGUGGAUCAGCUUCUCAAACAUACGCUUCUGCUUUGGGAGCUUCCUUGUCGAGGAGCACUACACCUGACUCUCAACUUCUAGCUAGAGCUCCUAGUCCUUGCCUUCCACCCAUCGGGGAUGGGAGAUCUAACUCUAAUGAUAAAAAAUGUUCCAGCGGUCAAAACUCAUUUAAUGCUGUAUCAUCCAGUUUAAAUGAGCCUGCAGCUCUGGUGUCUGCUUUGGCUGGCAUGAAUCUGUCCCCAAACGGCAUAGCAGAUGAUGAGAAACAUUCCCCUGGGUGCAAUGAAUCUGAGCAUACUCAUGCUAUCAAUUAUCAUCCAUUUCUUAACAUGCCAGAAGCCCUGCCUUAUCAGCUUCACUCUGCUCCCCAAUUGACAAAAGCAUCUCAUUUGAAAGUAAACAAUAGCAGCGGUUUCAGAUUGGAUCUAAAUAACUCUUCAUUAAAUGCGAACGAGCAGUUAGAACAUCACAACUCUGCUGGGAUUUCUGUUCACUCAGGCUUAAAAGGACCUCCUACACAAACUCUUGCUGGCAGAGGAAACUCACUUGCUCAUCGUCAGAAUGUGGAUGGUAGAAAUAUCUCAUACCAAAACUAUGGGUUGAGUGGGUAUGCUGUGAAUCCUUCUUCGCCACCAAUUAUGGCAAGUCAGCUUGGUUGUGGUAAUUUGUCUCCUUUCUUUGAAAAUGCUGCUGCCACCCUUGGAGUGAAUAGCAUGGACUCCGGAGCCUUAGGAGGAGGGGUAGCUUUAGGACCAAACUUGUUAUCAGCGUCAGAGUUACAAAAUGCAAGCAGGAUGGUGAAUAAUGCUUCGGGUAGCGCUCAUCAGGUGCCCUUAGUGGACCCUUUAUAUCUUCAAUAUUUAUUAUCAGGUGAAGUUGCAGCUGCACAGGUUGCAGCCCUUAAUGACCAAGCAAUAAAUAAGGAAUGCUCAAGUAAUUCAUUUACAGAUUUGCUUGGUCUCCAAAAAGCUUACGUAGAGUCAUUGAUUGCUCCUCAAAAAUCACAGUUUGCUGUUCCUUACCUUAACAAGUCUCCUAGCCUGAACAACACCUAUUUUGGAAAUCCAACAUUUGGUGUGGGAGUGUCAUAUCCAGGUAGCCCAGUGACUGGUUCCUUCUAUCCAAACUCACCCCUUGGACCAGGUAGUCCUAUGAGGCAAAGUGAGCGUAAUAUACGUUUAUCUGGGAUGAGGAAUGUGGCUGGGGGUUUCAUGGGAGCUUGGCAUGCCGAUUCUGUUGGCAACUUGGAUGAGAAUUUUGCACCAUCCUUGUUGGAUGAAUUCAAAAGUAAUAAAACCAAAUGUUUUGAGCUGUCAGAAAUUGCUGGUCAUGUUGUUGAGUUCAGUGCUGACCAAUAUGGAAGCCGAUUUAUCCAACAGAAACUUGAGACUGCCACAAUGGAAGAGAAAAACAUGGUUUUCAAUGAAAUCAUGCCUCAAGCUCUUUGUCUAAUGACUGAUGUUUUUGGUAAUUAUGUAAUUCAGAAGUUUUUUGAGCAUGGAACAUCAGCACAGAUAAGAGAACUUGCUGAGCAGCUUACUGGUCAUGUUCUGACCCUAAGUCUUCAAAUGUAUGGCUGCCGAGUUAUCCAGAAGGCUAUAGAAGUUGUUAAUCUGGAUCAACAGACUAAAAUGGUAGCAGAGCUGGAUGGUCAUAUAAUGCGCUGUGUACGUGAUCAAAAUGGAAACCAUGUAAUCCAGAAGUGUAUUGAAUGUGUACCUGAAGAUGCUAUCCACUUUAUAGUUUCUACAUUUUAUGACCAAGUUGUGACAUUGUCAACUCAUCCAUAUGGUUGCCGUGUGAUACAGAGAGUCUUGGAGCAUUGCCAUGAUCCCAAAACACAGCAGAUAAUGAUGGAUGAGAUUCUGCAGUCUGUUUGUAUGUUAGCACAGGACCAAUAUGGGAAUUAUGUUGUACAGGGCUCAAGAUUAUUCGUUCCAGUCUUCUCACCAGUGCCUUCCACUGCUUUCUUUGUACAUGUUGAAGUCAUUUUUCCUUAGUAGAUGCCCCAUUUUUUCUCAUAUAUGUUUAUUUCAUAUUUCAUCUUUUCAUGUAUGCUUGUAUAUCCAUAUCAACAUUCUCAUGUUUGUUAUUCCAACUUUAUGUUCCUCCUGUCCCUUUAAAUCUUAACAUUUAUUACCAUAUAAUAUGGCUAGUCUUGAAACAGUUCGAUAAAACUUCUUUUUAAGUUUAUUAGGUAGCUUUCGAUCAUAAAUAACUUCUUUAACCUUUUUUAAAUUAAACCACCUAGCUUGUAUUUUAUAUGUAACAUCUCCAUCAAUUUCCCCAUUAUGUUGAAUAAUAGCUCUCAAAUAUUUAAACUCUUCCACUUAGGGUAUAAUUUGAUCUCUCAAUCUCACUUCCAAACUAUUAUUGAUUGACCUCUUAUCAAAAUUACACUGCAGAUAUUUUGUCUUACUUUUACUUAGGUGGAAACCUUUCGACUUUAAAGUCAUUUUUCAUAAUUCAGUUUGUAAUUAAUCUCUUCUCUUCUCUCCGUAAUAAGAACAUGUGUUCAAUGUAUGAACUAAAACAUCUAUGUUGGUUGAGUAAUUAAAAAAUAUGUGAAGAUCUUAUUUAUCAAUCCUGGUUUGACCUGGCUUGUUGGACUGAAAAUCGUUGUUUUAAAUCCAAAGUUGAGUCAUGUCUCCUAUUAGACCAUAAGUGCACAAAAAUAGGCAGACUUGCUUUUGAUAUGUUCAUCGUCCUGUAUGAUCCAGUUUAACUGUUAUUACUACUACUUUAAUCUUAUCUACCAGUAUUGCUGUCAUUUGGUUAACCGCCUAUUGAAAUAUGAGAAAAAUGUAAUUCACUGUGUAAUUAGACAUCUGUAUAUUCCUGUACGGUUCAUUUUUUAUUGAGAGCAUAUGUUAUCCUCCCUUGUUAUGCUCGACACUGGAGGUUCAGAAAGCAGUUGAUAGGUGACAUCAAAAAUAUUGAAUAACCAUGUAUAAUAAUGAUUAUGGUUUCCUUUUAAAAAAUAUAAUUGUAGUUUACCUUGAAUGAUGGUAGCUAAUAAAUUGAAUCUUUAUUAAAGGGAUAAAUAUAUAUAUAUAUAUAUAUAUGCUGUUAGAUCAGAUUUACUUUUCUAAUAUAUAUAUGUACAUAUUAAAAUUAAAAUAUAUAAAUAUUAAAACUUUUAAAGAAAUAUCUUAUCAUGUUUAUGUUUAAAUAUUCAAAUUUCUAUCAUAAUGCAUGGUUGAAAGAUUGAUUUAGUGCCCCAAUGACUCGGUGGUAAGGUAUUGAAAAUUGAACUAGUUAUUGAAUUGGUCAAGGCUCUGGUUUAAGGGUUAAUGAUAAAAAUUAUAGUUAAAUUGUGAUCAGACCGGUCAUAACCAAAGAAUUUUAUUCAAUUUAUCAAGGCAUUGGUUUAACGAUUUACCAGUUCAAUCAAGCAAGUUGACCUAGAUUUUCAUACUAUGCUUAGUAGCAAUGGUGUUUGCCUAGAGUUAUGGCUAUUGAAGAAGCAAGGACAUGGAUUGAAUAUGGUUAAAAAAUGAGAGGGUCAUUUUUCCUAUAAAGGAACACUUGCUGAAUAAUGCUGAAGUAUGAAUUAUGGCAAGUAGUUGGGUAGACUACGAAAUGAUGUAAGCCAGAUGGCUCUAAUGUGAUGCUUAAUGACUUGAUCUCAAUGUUUUCUUGAGUUAGUUGGCAAAUGCAUGCUUUUGUCAGGAUUCAAUUUUUUUUUUUUAAAGACUGAACUAGCUUUAAAACGUCUAUGUUCUUGUAAUGGAAUUCAUCCUUUCUUUCAGCUCAUUUGUGUUAUUUUUCUGAUUAUUGCAUAAA